AUGGACAUUGUGGACUCACUGCAGGUCGUGUCUGAUGUAACAGUGUGGGUUUGGAUUCAGUCUCUGUUUCUGGUAUUUAUGGCCCCCGGGCACACGGCCGGGUUCCCCAGGUGUGCCUGGAGCCGGGACCAUGCCCAGCCCGAGCGCGGGCAGCAGGCAGAGGAGCGGCAGCCGGGUCCUUGUCUGAAGGGAGGAUGGAAGGAGGGGACGGUGCCGGCCCUGCUGCCCCUGCAGACCUUCUGGAUCAUCUUGUCCGUUGCCUUGUUGUUUUUUGCAGUCGUUGGUGUCAGUGUCGUGGGGGUUCUCAGCUUCUCCCCCAGCUCUGCCCAGGCUGGCUCCCAGCUCCUCCGAGUGACCCUGCAGGGCCAGCAGGACCCGCUGAGGAACCAGACAGCCGUGGUGGACAAGGCCAGGAGCACUGUCACCUACUACAUCACCUCCCGGAGCAACCUGAGCGCCGUGGUGCUGUACGACAGCAGGAACGGCUACGUGUGCUACAAGCCGCUGGAGCAGCGAGCCUGCUACCUGAGGAGGAUGGAGCCCUGGGACCUGCAGAUGGCUCUCAGCACCUCUGAGCACAGCGCCGAGCAGCUGCUCCAGCCCAACAACCAGACCAAGUUCUACAGGGAGUUCCUGGGCAUUGUGGCCGGGCAGCAGCUGGAGCCCAGGGCGCUGGGGGAGGCUGUGCAGAGCCUGUGUGAGCGCUCCUCCAUCCUCUGGGUGCGCAGAGCCCACGGGCCAGGGAGGCAGCGCCUCAUCUACCUGUGCAUUGACAUCUGCUUCCCCAGCAACAUCUGUGUCUCCAUCUGCUUCUACUACCUGCCCGAGUGA